AUGAAAAAUAUAAUGUUAUUCAUAUUAAUAUCAAUAAUAACAAUCCAACUUUUAAAAGCUGACCUUCAAGUAUACAACAAUAAAGAUUUAGAAGAACAAGUAAAGAAAAUAAAUAAAAAAGAAGCGAAAAUUCCUUUCUAACUAGCCCUUUUCGGGAAAAUACCAUACGGAAGAAAGAUAAUAGGUGAUGUAAUGUUAGCUAACCCUAUAGACGCUUGUAAACCCUUAGAAUCGACCGAAAACAACUAAUAACAUACCUUCGUAUUAAUUUAGAGAGGAGAAUGCUCUUUUGUAACAAAAGUAUUCAAUGCAUAACUUUUUGGUGGAAAAGUUAUAAUUUUGAUGGAUGAUAAAAAAGAAAAUUAUGAUAUAUUAAUGUCAGAUGAUGGAAUGGGAGAUCGUGUAAUUAUUCCUUCUAUUUUUAUACAUUUUGAAUACGGUAAUUUAUUAAAGAGUUUAUUAGAAGAUAAGAAAUAAGUUACUUUAUAAAUAGAAUUUGAAGAAAACAAAUAUAAAAAAUCAGAUUAUAUUUUUUGGAUUAGUUUACCAUCAAUAACUGUAAAUAAGCUUAUAUAUAAUUUUAAUUAAGUUAGAAAAAAUUUAAAAGGAAAUAAUGUUUAAUUUGAACCUUCUUAUGAUAUAUAUGUUUGCUUUGAAUGUUAAUUAGAAUAAUUUGCUAAUCCUAUUAGUGAUUGCAUUUUAAAUGGUCGUUUUUGUGCUAAUGACCCAGAUUUGCCUAAUAUUGGUUAAAUUAAUAGUCGUAAUAUUGCCACAGGAAAAAAUGUAGUUGAAGAAAGUUUACGUUAAAUCUGCAUAUUUGAUCAAGAUGAAGAAUUAUGGUGGGAAUAUAUGCUUAUAUUUGCUUAAGAAUGUGACAAGCCUUAGUUAUAUGAAGUUUGUAGCUAAUAAUUAGUCAUCUAAAUUAAAAAUUUGGAUUAAGAAGAAUUUAAAAAAUGUUAUAAUGAUAACAUUAAAAAUCCUAACAGUCCUUUAUUGAAACGAUAACUAGAUUUAUAAUCUAAAUAUAGAAUUAAUACAUGGCCAUCUGUGACUAUUAAUGACUUAGUAUAUAGAGGAAAUUUGGAUGGAAACAGUAUAAUGGAAGCAAUUUGCUCAAGUUUAGAGGAACCUAAAGAAGAAUGUGAGUAUUAUGUUGAUCCUUUAAAAUAAAGAGUCGAAUAAAUAAGUAAUUUAGGUAAAAAUAAUGGAGCAACCAUUAUAAUAAUUGUUAUUGUGAUGCUAUUUUGUUUUGUAGUGCUUUUUGUAUUAAUGGCAUGUCUUUAUAGAAGAUUUUUUAAAAAAGAAAUGUAAUAAGAUAUGAAUAAUUAAAUUAAUUAGAUGGUUUCUUAGUAUGUUGCAUUUUAUGAUUAAAAAAAAAUAAAAGCUAAUAAUAAGAUCUUUGAUUUUAUUUUUUAAAAAUAAAUAUUAAAAUUAAAAAAAAUAUAAUUAUAUUUAUUUAUUUUUAUAUUGAUAAUAUUUUUUAUAAUUUCUAAAAAAAUAAUAUAAAAAAUGUAUUAAUUUUAUUUAUAUUUAUUUAAUUAUUUCAAUAAGAAAUUGAUUUCAUUUUACUUUUCUCGUUUUACAAUAUAUUAUCUAAAAUUACUUUAACUAAAUCAUUUUCACUUAGAUUAGAACCUAAAUGGGCAAUGUAAUUAUUUUUAUCAUCCAUUAAAUAAGUUAAUACAGUAUGAUCAAUUGUAUAAUUUUUUUUUUACUUAUUUAUUUAUAAAACAAAUAAUAUUAAAAAAAAUAUAAAAUUAAUUUAUAAAUAUAUAAAUAUAUAAUAUAUAUUUAUAUAUAUAUAUAUUUAAUUUUACACUUGAUUUUCUUCUUACUAUUCAAAUUCCAUUUUAGUUGCAUAUAUUCUGA